AGGCGCAGGGCCGACGUGCACACGCACACGCAGAGCCUGCUCCGCAGCAUGAUAAUUGUGCGGGGAGUCCGCGACACCUCGCCCGGGAGGGCCAGUGGCCGCCGAUCCUAGAGGGGCGCAGAGUCCCGCUGCUGCGGCGGGGCCCGCAGAUCGACAUGGACUCGGCCGCCGCCGGGCUGGGUCGCCUGCGCGGCCUGGCCUGCGACGCCGAAGGCGAGCUGUUCGCCACCGCGGCCCAGGGGCCCGACGGGCGGACGGCCCUGCUCCUCGGCAGCGCCGCGCGGGGCAGCGCGGGCGGCAGGGGCGCCUCCGUCGUCCUGCGGCCGGCGCCGGCGUGCCCCGCGCUGGGCGACGACGGCCCCCUGGACCUCUCGAUCCUCGGCUGCGGCGGCGGCGGCGAGUGCGCAGCACUGGUUCUCCCGCGUGGCGCCCAACGGCUCGUCGCGUGCCCGCUGGUGUCCCCCGCCCUCGGCAACAACACCGCCGGCGGCGGCGGCGCUUCAGAAGGCACGGGGGCUGCCGCUGGCGCUGGCUUAGCGACCAACUUGUCGCGUGCAUCAAGCUCGCCGCUGGGGCGGUCGUGGCUGGAGGACCGCGGCGGCGCGGCGCUCCCCGACGACCCGGACAGCGCCGGCUCCGACGGCGAGGGGCUCCUCCUCCCGGAGGACAUCGCCUCCGUCGGCCUCGCGCCGUGUGCCGCCGCGGGCCGCGCGGCCGGCCUGGACUGCCUGGUGGUGGGCACCACCGCGCGGCGCGUGGUGCUGAUGGCGAGGAGCAGCGCGACCGACCCUGGCGGCGCGUGGGCGCCGAAGCGGGUGCUGUGGCAGGGCGGCCUGGGCGUCCCGGGCCCCGGGUCGCUGGUGGCCGUUGGCAGGCGGCACGUGGGGGUGCUGGACCGGGACGCCGGCCUCCUCCGGGCCUUCGACUUGCGCGAAGGGGGCCGGGCCGCGGGGAGCUGGAGGCUGCCGGCCAGCGCAGGCG